CUUCGGAGUUUCAUUAAUUGUAUCACCGAUCAAUAGUCAUCGGAUCGAAUUGUACAUAGACUAUUUAUAGUCGAUUAAUUCAUCACAAAGCUUUACGGUGAACAUUACAUCUUCCAACUUGGUAUCAGACUAAUUUUUCGAUCCUCUCCCAUGGCUUCUUCUUCCAAAAGCUCUUUUCACCCCGCUCUUGCGGUCACCUCCAUCAAAAAUUUAAUUCCCCUCAUCCUUGACACCGAAAAAGUCCAGUAUUCUUCUUGGGCGGAACUCUUUAAGAUUACCGCCCGUGCAUACGAUGUCUUGGAUCACAUCAUCCCUCCGACGAACAAACCCGCCACUACUUCCGCCGGCAAGGGGGAUGACACCGAUGACGAUUCCGACGAUGCCACCGUCUCCGUCGACCCUCUUCUCUGGGAUCGCUUGGACGCCGUUGUCCUCCAAUGGAUAUAUGGCACCAUCUCCCAAGAUCUCUUACUUACAAUUCUUGAACCGGACUCUACGGCUAUGGAAGCAUGGACCCGAUUGGCCAACAUCUUUCAGGAUAAUAAGCACGCUCGUGCGGUGCACCUUGAGGACGAAUUCUCUCACGUCCGUUUGGCCAAUUUUGCCUCUAUUUCAGCCUACUGCCAGCAACUCCGCACCAUUGCCACCAAUCUCGCCAAUGUUGGUGCUCCGGUCGAUCAUAAUCGACUGAUUUUGCGAUUGGUCAACGGGCUCACCGCACCAUUUGCCACGAUUGCUUCCAUGAUCCAGCAAACGGUCCCCCUUCCGACGUUCGAAAACGCCCGCUCCAUGCUUCUCCUGGAAGAAGGCCGGCAAGCACAUAGCGUUGAGCAUGAGUCAGUACCCUCCGCUUCGGCUCUUGCCGCCACCGUUCCGCCACCUGCACAGCCGCCUACUUCUGCUCCCCGCCCGCGCGGCGGCGGCCGCAACGGCACUGGCCGUGGUAGGGGCCGUGGACGCCAAUCUGGUCCUCGUCCGUCUGACCAGUCCGCAUGGCCGCAAUACCCAGGUUCUCCAUGGGCCUUCCCUCCUUGGGCCGCAUGGAUGCAGCAAUUCUGGCCGACACCUCCAUGCCCUUACCCUACUGCCCCUGGACAUAAUACUCCACCCAGGUCUUCUUCUGCCGGUCUUUUGGGUCCUCGUCCACAUGCACUUACUGCCGGUUAUGGAUACCCAACAAUCCCUACGGGUUCCACACCAAGUUUUAUGCCCACAGAUCUUCACACAUCCAUGCAUACCAUGUCUCUCAAUCCCCCGGAUGACAAUUGGUACAUGGACACCGGGGCAACUUCCCACAUGACCUCGGACGCAGGAUCUUCGUACAGGAACCCCACUCCUCAGGUGUAACAGUCAAGGCGAUUUGUACCCAGUGUGUCAGCCUCCCCGUCACACUUUCGCUGGUCUUUCAUCCACUAUAUGGCAUAACCGGCUUGGUCAUCCCGGCGCACCCAUUUUUCGUAGUCUUAGUCAAAAUAGUUUCAUUGAUUGUAAUAAAGCAUAUGAUGAUAUUUGUCCUUCUUGUCAAAUGGGGAAACAUCAUAAAUUACCUUUUUCCCCAUCAUAUUCUUUUACACAUGCUCCUUUUGAUAUUGUACACAGUGACUUGUGGACUUCACCCAUUUUAAGUUCCACUGGUCACCGGUAUUAUAUUUUGUUUCUUGAUGACUUUACCAAUUUUCUUUGGAUUUAUCCACUCUCUCACAAAUCUGAUGCA